GGACUAUCACAGGCCAUCAAGCCUCCUGUUUUUCCAAAACUGAAACUGAAACUAACAAUUGUACGCUGAGAAUGUCCUUGAUCACAUAUUCGGAAUUCCUCACUACGCUUUUAGAAGUAAAUUUGCAAGUUUUUAUCUCAAUUAUGAAAUGUUUGCCUCUCAACCAAAUAUUAAACCAACACAUAUUCCUCCCAUUAUGGAAUGCCCACCAAUGCCUCAUCCAGCAAUGAAUGUGAAUUUUCCAACAUUUUAUUCUGGCAGUUUCGUGCAGAAUAAUAUCUCAUCUCUUGCACAGGAGAGCUUAUAUGAAAUUCAACGACUUAGACUACUCCUGACUAAUUUGUUGACUUCUAUACAAUCUGAUGAAAAAGAUCCUGAGGAAAAAAAUAAGAUUGUGGAUGAAAAUUUUAUGCUAUUCAAUAGAAAUGGUAGUACGAAGUGUGAAAACAUUCCUAGUCCUCUAUUUACAACUGGAGAAGGAAAAACAAACGGGAUUGUACCUGAAUGUCGCAACAACCUCCCUCAAACUCUUGGUACGAAGAAUUUAUCGUGUGAAAAGUUGGCAUUGCACAAAAUAGUCAAUCAAAUCAGUGAUGUUUUUAAUAAUUUGGAUCACCUAGCCAGUCGAAUGCAGGUCAAUCGGUUAUCUGGUCGACCUAGUGACCAUGGUUUACAAAAUGCAUUAUCUCUGUUUAACACCGUUGAACAGUUAGAAUUUAGCCGUAAUAGUUGGCUAUAUGAAUCUUCGCUAUCUCAGUACAUGGGGACCGAUGAUCACGGGAAAGAAUCCGAUUGUCGUCGUGUUGACUGGCUUAUGGAUAGAAUCGAAGCGGAACGUUGGAGUCAUCGAUAUUGGGGACGCACUCGUACUGUGCUUGAAGGUUUACUGGCUUGCUCCGCAUUCAGACGCUCUCAUUUAAAUACAGAUCAUUCCCGCAGGCGAACGGAUUUUCUCAAUAUAAUCAAUCGAGAUUAUGGUGCUGAUUUGGAACAUUUACUCAAUGAAUUAAAUGUUAAUUUGCCGGACCUCACUAUAACGUUAAUUGAACCAUCAUCUGUCGUAUCCGUAGCACAUUUAAGAGUUGGUGAGAUAAUGCAGUGCUUUGUGACUUUUCGUCAGUUGAAUCCAGAAAGAAUUAUUGUUCGUGGAGUAUCGGAACCGAUGAUUAUAAAAACACACUCUGACUUCCCGAACAACAAUUUAAAUAUUGAGGAAAAACCCUUAUCCUUAGCAACCGACGAACUAUUAUCUGAUUCAGGUCUUGAUUCAUUGCCGAAAAUUCGUGAUACUGUUGUCUCUUUACUAAGUCCUGACUCGAAAGCUCGAUCACUUCCAGACCAUAGACAGCAGCGAAGCUCAAAACUCAUCCGCUUUUGUAGUAUACAUCAAUCGAAGCUGGAUCUUUUUACACCAAGUCGUCAUCCAUUGUUUCGGCGUAUCACUUCCCUAGCCCAAUGUGCCCUUCUUCAUUUUUCUAAUGAAUAUAAACCUCCUUCUGCCAUUCGUGGGUUUUGUGCUUGGCUUCACAGUUAUCGCGACUUGUUCAGUGCCCCAUGCUGUCGUUGCGGUCAGCUUCUAGGUCAAAAUGUUGAACUUCCACUUUGGCGUAGUUAUCCUCAAAUGAGAAAGGAUAAUUCUCGAUCUAUGGAACCCCAACAUGAACACUGUCAAGCCAUUAUAUAAACAAUUGUGUACUUCCUUGUUUUCUGACUUUUUGAGUACUUCCUAUCAUUUGUAUAGAUAAACUCUACAAUUUAAUAUACCCUGGCUGUAACUUGAGCGAAAUGGUAAUUCCCAUACACUACACCACCUUUUUAAUACAUAUAAGUUAUGUACCAAUAA